CCCCCCUGGAAUGUGUACUAGAUCCGUCACAACAAAUACCGACGGUUUUCUUAUUAAUUUUAUCAUAUCAAAACACAAUUUUUACUAUGCUUACUUUAUGGAAUUUGUUUGAAGCAUCCUUGCUUUGCUUGAAUGCAGUUUGUGUUUUGCACGAAGAAAGAUUUAUGCAAAAAAUGGGAUGGGGAUCCAACAACCCAAACCAAGGAUUUGAAGAUCAAUCAACAGUGAAGUUCCAAAUCUUAAACUUGGUUAGAUCUAUCAGAACAGUCACAAGGAUUCCAUUAAUCAUAUUGAAUAUACUCACAAUAAUUUUUAAGUUAUUAUUGGGAUAAAAGAAAGAAAUACAUUAAUUUUAGACUAACAGGAAGAAGAACUACAUCAGUACAAGGAAAUAAGACAGAGAAGACUGCAAAAAGACAUUCUCAUCCUGAAUUAGCCUUUGCUGAAUAUAUCAAACCUCUUUUUUAUAAGUGGAACCAUCAUGUUACAGAACCAGAACACAUUUGCAUUUUCUGUGUUACUCAUUGUAAUAGUUUUAUGUACUAAGCAUUUAUAGUAGUUGUGAUCUAUAUUUUAUAUAUUAAUUAGAGAACAAUUUGUGUAUCUACUACAACUAACAUUUACCAUUAUGUAACAUAAACAGUAAAUAAAUAUGAUUGUUUAAGUGAGUACAUGCA